AUGUCGUCGACUAGUUACGAUUUUAUCAUCGUUGGAGCCGGACCCUGCGGAGCAAGCAUAGCAUCGCGUCUUGCCAACACACGAUCCAAACCAUCGGUCCUUCUGAUCGAAUCCGGUGGUCCCAAUACCGACUUAAAGGACCGGAUCGCCGGCGAACGACAUAUCUUUUGGGCCACGAGUGGCAAGCAUCUCGACUAUGGCUACAAAACUGUCCCUCAAACGACACUGAACGGGAGACAGAUACCGUACCAGCGUGGGAAGGGUCUUGGCGGUUCGACGGCGACAAACCUUGGCUUGUGGGAUUAUGGCUCGAAGCCGGAGUUGGAUGAAUGGGCGAAACUCGUUGGGGAUGAUGUGUGGAGAUGGGACAAUGCUCGCGAGAGGUUGAAGAAGCUACCAUUGAACCCUGAUGUCAACUCGGACAAAUGUAUUGGCUUUGGUGUCCCGCCGGGGACGAUCCAUGACGGUCUGCGCGUCACAGCAGCUUCAGCCUAUCUGGUCAAGAAACCAGGCAACCUGAACAUCUUGACAGAUUCGAAGGUCACGCGUGUUCUGUUCGAAGGCAAGAGAGCUGUAGGGGUGGAAUUGCAAGGAGAAAAGAAAUACUACUCGUCCAAAGACACAAUCAUCUGCGCUGGCUCCAUCGAUACACCCAAGCUCCUUCUUCUCUCCGGUGUCGGUCCUGCUCAGGACUUGACCAAGCACGGUAUCUCUGUUGUUAUAGAUCAUCCAGCCAUCGGCUCGAAUCUCUUAGACCAUCCCAUGAUCCGAAUGGUCGCGCCCGUGAAGCCUGGAUUGAUUCCUCCAGAAACCAUUGCGCCCAUGCAGGGUGCAAUGGAACAAUGGUUUAAAGACCGAACAGGACCACUGGCAACUGACAAUGCCAGUACCUGCCACGGAUAUCUGAAGCUCGACGUGGCUAGCUAUCCAGAAUUCGAUUCACUCAACGAACAGACUCGGAAUCUAUUGUCAAACCCGCGGACACCCGCCUAUGAACUCGUAUGCCGCAUCGCCCCAAAUCCGACCCAGGACGGCUUCCUCUGGAACAGCAGCACGAUCAUGAUGAACCAGCAGUCCGUCGGACGGGUCUCCCUCCGAAGUGCGGACCCAGAUGAGCCCCCGGCCAUCGAUCUGAAUUUCCUAUCGCACCCGUAUGACCUUCGCGUCACAGUUGAUGCGGUUCGAAGAACGGCGGAAUUCUUGCAAAGCUCCAUCAUACCAACGGAUCCAUUCAUGUUUGGACCGAAGAGUACCAAGGAAACAGAUCUUGUGGCUGAUGGACAAUCUCAGGAGUUCAUCAAAUCCAACCUCGGGCAUUUGUGGCAUGCAGCGGGUACUGUUAAGAUGGGCAAGCUAGGAGAACCGGGGACGUGCGUCACGCCAGACUUUCGGGUUGUCGGACUGGAGGGUUUGAGGGUGGCGGAUUUGAGUGUCUUGCCCAUUUUGCCCAGUAACCAUACCCAAUCAACGGCGUAUUUGGUCGGUGAGAUCGCGGCGGACAAGCUUGUUGGGGAGUAUAGACUUGAUUAA